CCUUAAAUACACAUGCAACUUUGAGUCUUAAUUAAGCUAUUUUAGACAGUUAGAAGCGCUUACCUACUUUGUGACAGGUUGUAAUCCCAACAUUGUUGAAGCAAGGCUUCACACACCAUUGAUAGGAGCUAUCAGGGAGGGUUUAUCUUCAAUCGUCAAGCUACUAUUGGAUCACGGAGCGUGUAUUGAGCUAACAACCAAUAUUGGCAAUAACGCUCUCCAUUACGCGCUGCUGAGAGAGUCCAUGGAGCUGCUAGAGCUUCUUUUGCGACGUGGAGGCGAUUGCAAUUAUCAGGAUGCUCGUUCUUGGACACUGCUACAUUACGCUGUGGCGGCCAAAAAUAUAGAGGCAGCUCGCGUGCUUCUCAAAUACAACGCCGAUCCGAAUAUACCCAACACCGAUGGGGUCACGCCGCUAUUCCACUGCGUCGCAACUCAGGAUAUCCCAUCCGUUAUUACUAACCUCUUACUUGAGAACGGCGCGGAUCCGAAUGCCAUAGCCAGAAUAAAAAAUGCAGCCCCAGUACGCCCACCCGGACCAUCCACCGGUACCAACGACAGCAGCGCACAUAAGCACCACGAGACCCCCAUUAUCUCCGUAGAGGCUCAGCCUGGCAAGGAAUACUACAAUCAUAGCCCUAUUUCCUGGGCCGUGAUGAAAGGAUAUGAGGAUUCACUAAAAUUAUUGCUUUCGGCAUGCGAUAAUAUCACCUGGGAGGAUCCACAGAACAAAGGGGAGACUAUUCUACAUUAUGCAAUUCGACUCGGAAAUCAGAAAAUCGUGUGCUAUCUAUUGGUGGGCGGGCCUGUGGCAUUACUUAACUCAGUAAAUAGCAUGGGAGAAACACCACUUCACACGGCAGCACAGCUCGGUGACGUCAUGACAGCUAGCAUGUUGGUGAAUGCGGGAUGUGAGAUUGAUCGUCGAGAUUGCUCUGGUUCGACUCCAUUAACCGAGGCGCUCUUUUUCGGGGCGCUUGGAGUAGCGGGGCUACUGUUGAGCUAUGGAGCCGAUCGGUCUAUUGCAGACGAAUUCAUCUACGGCCAAUUUAACGACACACCUUGUAUAGUCCAUGUGGGACCACGAAGCGCGUCUGAUCCUCCAGAACUUAUGAAGCUUCCUAGACUAAGUAUCAUGCUUGACUUGAUACCUACCUCAUAAGGGGCAACGAAGGACAACCCCGUGGGGCUGUACAAUAGCUUAAAUUACGUUAUAACAUUUACGCUAUCAUUUGCAACUAUCAUUUGCAACAUUACCUACGUGCUUUGAAUUUCUUGAAUGC